UUGCACCUUGCCUUGCCUUGCAACAUCAUCCACAACAGCAGCAACCAACACCCAACAGCAGAAGAAGAAUCGUCAUCCACGAUCCCAUGCAGUGCGAAGCAUGCCCCUUGCAGUAGUCGCGCGGGAAGCCCGGCCCUGCAUGUAUGCAUGCAUCACCAACCCUCACCCUCACAGGACAAACACGCCUUUCCGCUUUCCCUCUCCCCAUCCUCCACCAGCCCUUGCCUUGCCUUUCAACAAUGCAGCAAUCCUCCGGCCCGUGUAAUAACCUUAUAA